AUGGCGAUGGCAGCUGGCUCCCUCCUCUUCCCUUUCAUUUUCCUCCUCGCGCUCCCUCCCGCCGCCGCCUCCCUGCUCCAAGCCACCUGCAGCCUCACCUCCAACUACGCCUUCUGCAUGUCGGCGCUGCAGUCCGACCCUCGCAGCCUCAAGGCCGCCGACGUCAAGUCCCUCUCCGCCAUCGCCCUCCGCAUCGCCUUCGCCGACGCCCGCAGCGCCUCCGCCUGCGCCGCCGGCCUCACCCGCAACGCCACCGAGGCGCGGGCCGCGCUCGCCCUCUCGGCCUGCGCCGACAGGUACCGGAACGCCGGCGAGGCGCUGCGGUGGGCCCUGCGGGCGCUGAAGGAGGAGAACUACGACUACGCCGACGUGCACGUGAGCGCCGCGCAGGAGUACGCCGCCGCCUGCGGCCGCAUGUUCCGCCGGAGCCCUGGCGCAGACGGCGGCGAGCCGCCGGUGGCCUACCCGGACGCCAUGGCCAAGAGGGAGGAGGACCUCCAGCGCUUGUGUCGCACUGCCUUGGAGAUCAUAUCCCAACUCGGUCGACACCUUUAA